AUGGUAAUGCGUUGUCUGCAAAAAGCGGAAAACAUCUAUGUCAACCUGUUCAUAGAUAUCUCUCUGUCGCAGUCUGCUCAGAAACAUCUGUGUCUCUGUUGUGAAAUAUCUAGCAAUACGUUCGAAAGUAUCUAUCACAAUUUAUUUCAGAAAUAUCUAUCUCACCCUCUUCUGAAACAUCUAUCCAAUUCGUAUCCUCUAAAUAUUGUCCGUUUUUUAAAAAUUAUUUGUGUUCCGUCUCUUUUUUCUUCUCUUUUCUCCAUCGUGUCUUAUUUUGGUUCUGUUUUCGUUUCUUUUUCUUUCUUUUCCAUUCUUUUUCUCUAUUUUCCUUCCUUUUCUCUAUUCAUCAUUCCUUUUCUCUCGUCUUUCUUUCCUUUUUUGUUUAUUCUUUCUUUGCCAUUUCUUUAUUUUCUCGUUUUUUUUUAUUUUUCUCUAUUUUCCCGUUAUAUUUUCUUCAUUCGUGUUUUCUUCUUUCUCUGUUGUUUUUAUCCCCCCUUUUUUUUUCUAUAUUCUUCAUUUCAUUCCCUUUAUUCUUCCUUUCUUUUUCUCUUCCAUUUAUUUUCGUUUUCCGCGGGUUUGCCUCCUACUGAAUGGAUAAGCAACAACAUUUCUGGUUCUUUUUUUUUUUCUUCCAUUUGUUGCUUUGAUUUCUUUCUUUCUUCUUUUCUUUUUUCUUUCAUUCUGUCUGUCUUUCUUUCUUUCUUUCUUUCUUCUUUUUUAUGUCUUCCUUUCUUCGUUUCUUUAUUUCUUUCUUUCUUAUUUUCUUUCUUUCGUUUUCUUCUAUUCUUUAUUUCUUUUACUUUUCUGUUAUUUCUUCCUUUCAUCUUUUCUUUCUUUCUUUCUUUUUCUUUUCUAUUCUUUCUUUUUUCUUCUUUGCUUUAUCUCUCCCUUUCUUUUUCUUUCCUUUCUGUCUUUUUUCUUCGUUUCUUUUUUUCUGUUUUUCUUUCGUUCUUCUUUCUUUCUUUCUUUCUUUCUUUCUUUCUUUCUUUCUUUCUUUCUUUCUGCUUUUAUAUUUAA